CCUUUGGUCUCAUAACCAACUCUCGAUAACCAUCUUUGCCCGAUCUGAUGAGCUUUCCCAAAAAGGUAAAGAGCUUAGCCAAGCCUGUCGAGUUUCGCACAGGGUCAACUUUUUUCAAGCCCGUCCCGAUUUUGCCCUUUUUCAACAGUGCGAGUCCUACCAUUGGAAUUGACACCCCCCCCUUGGGCCGAAAACUUUUCGUCAAGUCAGCGACUUUUACAGUGCCUCCCUAGGCAAUCUCUUAGGCCCUAGUUGCCCCAGACUCCCAAGUGUUGUCCAUUGCAGAUUUGAGAUUCAAGAUGAGAUGUGAAAUAUGGGGAGCACUCCUCUUCUCAUAGACGUGGUAUAGGCACAAGGCUGGAACUACUAACAUACAGUGUCAGUCGUUGUUUUAACACGCAUUUGAUAGACAUUCUGUGGCUGCGGAAGUGGUUAUUUCAGUUUCAGCGCAACUUGACCUCUUCAUGCUUUCAAGAACCUUAAUAAUUGGCCGAUCGGUGUGUUCUUUGCAGCAUGGAGGAUACAAGCGGUGUCAUAUUAUCGUCAAAAAAGAUAUUGCCAUAAGGCUCAUUGCCGUCCGUAAGACUAGACAGACGGAUGAAAGUGUUUAGAUUGAGUAUUGCAGUCAAAACGGCAAUACUUGUCACUUCAGAGCUUCCUGGCUUUCUUCAGCCUCGCUGUCGUGCCGUGCAAUUAUUGCAUGAGGUUGAAGGCUGCAGCCACCCGUUGCCGGAAUCUGUUGCCUCUCAUUUGAUUCGCGCACUGUCCUCACUCAUCGAUGGUCAAACCUAAAUUUGAUCUGGGCUGUUUGAUCGAGCUGGAAAAUUUUUCCU